CUGCAUUAAGCCAAUGUGCACCGCUAGCACAUCACUUCCAAAGCAGAAACUAAGGGCCACAGUCUCCAGGACCAGGUCAUUAAAAUACACAGCAAGAUCAAAUCAAAGCAGACAGUAGCAGACUCAAAACAUUCCUAUUCACAAACAACACAGGAGGAAUGAAUGAAGAGAAAGCACACUGGAAAGAUCAUGCAAAGGACUGAUUAAGCUGAAUUCGGCCGGCCUGCUGAAUAUGCCCCGGAGCCCGACGUCCAGCGAGGAUGAGAUGGCCCAGAGCUUUUCCGACUACUCCGUGGAAUCUGAGUCUGACAGCUCCAAGGAGGAGACCAUCUACGAAACCAUAAAGGCCACGGCGGAGCGGCCGCGUAGCAGAAUGGAGGACAUCCAGAGCAAUUCGCUGGUCAUCCGCGUGGUCAUCCCUGACCUGCAGCAGACGAAAUGCAUGAGGUUUAACCCCGAUGCCACCGUGUGGGUUGCCAAGCAACGGAUCCUGUGCACGCUGAGCCAGAGCCUGAAGGAUGUCCUGAACUAUGGCCUGUUUCAGCCUGCGGGCAAUGGGAGGGACGGCAAAUUCCUGGAUGAGGAACGGCUCCUCAGGGAGUAUCCCCAGCCCAUCAGCAAAGGGGUCCCCUCAUUAGAGUUUCGCUACAAGAGCCGGGUGUACAAACAGCCAAACGUUGAUGAGAAGCAGAUUGCCAAACUUCACACAAAGGCCAACUUGAGGAAGUUCAUGGAUCACAUCCAGCACCACCAGGUGGACAAAGUGACCAAGAUGCUUGAGAGAGGGCUCGACCCCAACUACCAUGACCCGGAUACUGGAGAAACUCCACUGACCUUCGCUGCCCAUCUGGACAACGUAGUGGACAUCAUAAAGGCGCUGAAAAACGGGGGCGCACACCUGGAUUUCCGAGCAAAAGAUGGACUGACUGCCCUGCACAAGGCUGCCAAGUCCAAAAAUCAAGUUGCUUUGACGACACUUCUGGAGUUGGGCGCCUCCCCAGACUACAAGGACAGCAGGGGCCUGACGGCCCUGUACCACACAGCCAUGGUGGGUGGAGAUCCCUACUGCUGCGAGCUUCUGCUGCACGAGCAUGCCACGGUCAGCUGCCAGGACGAAAACGGCUGGCACGAGAUCCACCAGGCCUGUCGGUACGGACAUGUUCAACACCUGGAGCAUCUGCUGUUCUACGGAGCGGACAUGAGCGCUCAGAAUGCCUCCGGCAACACAGCGCUACACAUCUGUGCUCUCUACAACCAGGAUCACUGUGCCAGAGUACUCCUGGUCCGCGGAGCCAACAAAGAGGUCAAGAACUUCAACAGCCAAACUCCAUUCCAGGUGGCCAUUAUAGCAGGAAACUUUGAACUGGCAGAGUUGAUUAAGAACCACAAAGAGACUGACAUAGUGCCUUUCCGAGAGGCACCGGCGUAUUCCAACCGGCGGCGGGGUCCCACGAGCACGCUCGCCGCCCCCCGGGUGCUCCUGCGCUCCAACAGUGACAACAACCUGAACGUGAAUAACCUGCCGUCGGACUGGUCCCCGUUGGCCGCCGCCGCCGCCGCCUCCUCGGCCGCCUCUUCCCACCGCAGCCUCUCCCCUCACCUGCUCCAGCAGAUGCAGAACAACCCCAAUGGCACAGUGAAGACCAUGGGGAGGGGGUCCCGCGCCCCCCGAAGCCGCUCGCCCUCCCUCAGCCGCCUGGGGGAGGAGGCCCGGAGGCAGCCCCCCCAGCGCCACAUCGGCCCCGGUGCAAACCGUGAGGCCCACUCCGGCCUGGACUUCCAGGGCUCCAAGCGCAAGCUGUACAGUGCCGUGCCGGGCAGGCACUUUGUGGUGGUCCGGUCCUACCAGCCGCAAGGAGAGGGGGAGAUUGCCCUGUACAAAAACGACAGGGUGAAAGUCCUGAGCAUCGGAGAGGGUGGAUUCUGGGAAGGCAGCUCUCGGGGGCACGUGGGCUGGUUUCCGGCGGACUGCGUGGAGGAGAUCCCCACCAAGCCCAACGAGGAGAGGCCACAGACCCGAGCAGAUAGAUCGGACAGAAAGAAGCUCUUUAGGCACUACACAGUUGGUUCUUAUGACAGCUUUGAUGCCUCAAGUGACUGCGUUGUUGACGAGAAGACCGUGGUUCUGCAGAAGAAAGACAAUGAGGGAUUUGGAUUUGUGCUACGGGGGGCCAAAGGCUUCGGCUGCUACCCCCAAGCUGACACCCCCAUCGAGGAGUUCACCCCCACCCCGGCCUUCCCCGCCCUUCAGUACCUGGAAUCAGUGGACGAGGGUGGGGUCGCAUGGCAGGCGGGGCUUAGAACCGGAGACUUCCUCAUCGAGGUCAACCAGGACAAUGUGGUGAAAGUGGGCCACCGGCAGGUUGUCAACAUGAUUCGGCAAGGGGGCAACCAGCUGGUCAUCAAAGUGGUGACAGUGAGCAGAAACAUGGACCCAGAAGACACGGCUCGCAAGAAAGCACCACCACCUCCCAAGAGGGCUCCAACCACCGCAUUGUCCAUGCGCUCAAAAUCUAUGACCUCUGAGCUUGAGGAGUUAGUGGAUAAAGCUACCUUAAGGAAAAAGAAGGGUGAUGCUCAGCCUUCAAAUAUUGAGGGUCUGAAGAAGAGGAUUGUUUUUCAAGUCACACUAAAUAAAGUGGACGAGGUCGUGCCCCCCCAGAGGCAAGCCCGAGACAACACACCCGCAGAUGCGAGGGUCGCCACCAUCAAGCCUCGCCCGUCCAGUAGGUGUUUCGCCACGCCCACGGGCACGGACAUGAACUCCAUGUAUGAUCGGCAGGGUGUGGCUGUGGUGCCCCCUACAGUGCCAGGUAGCCCCAGAGGAGCCUACCUGGGUGUGCCAAAGGGCACCAUGAGGCGACAGAAGUCAAUAGGUAUAACAGAAGAAGAGAAGCAGUUCCUUACCCCUCCAUUGCUAAAAUUUACUAGGAGCCUUUCAAUGCCAGAUUCAUCAGAGGAUAUUCCACCUCCCCCAGCAAUUUCCCCUCCAUCACCCCCGUACAACACCCCCAAGUCACCCACAGGGCGGGGCUACGGCACCAUGAGACCGGGCUUCAAUCAGAACUCUGCAGCCAAAGGCCCUGGCCCCAACCGGGCGGACGCCAACAUGGGCACCAUGCGCAGGGACAAGGGCAUGUACUACCGACAGGACUCUGAGCAGUACAACGCUGAGGACUACAGCCAGGGCACCUCAGCGCAGCAGAACUACCGCAACCGCAGGGCCCAGGUGCCAGAGAACCCGUACUCAGAGGUGGGGAAGCAGGGCAGCAAAGCGCUGUAUGUGCCCGCAAAGCCGGCCAGGAGGAAGGGCACGCUGGUCAAGCAGCCAAACGUGGAGGACAGCCCGGAGAAGACCUGCUCAAUCCCUAUCCCCACCAUCAUUGUGAAGGAGCCGUCCACCAGCAGCAGUGGCAAGAGCAGCCAAGGCAGCAGCAUGGAGAUUGAGACGUCCACGCCAGACCAGCCAGGCCAGCUGCGGCCCGAGGACAGCCUGACUGUCAACAACCCAUUCGCCGCCGCCAUUGCCGGGGCCGUGCGGGACCGGGAGAAGAGGCUGGAGGCGCGCCGCAACUCGCCGGCGUUCCUCUCCACCGACAUGGGGGACGAGGACGUGGGGCCCACCCCUGCUCCUCGCCUGCGGCACUCCAAGUCCAUCGACGAGGGCAUGUUUAGCAAUGAUGAGCGGCUGCGCAAGAUGAUGGCUCCGCCCGCCUCCCUGACGGCUGCGCCCCGGGGGGGCGGGAAUGUGACUGACUUCAACACUCCAGAGCCCACACUGGUGAGGGAGCCCCUCAGCACGCGCACGGGGAACAGCCCCAACCUGGACAGCCCGGUCAGCCUGCCGGUGACCAAGACAUACAACUCUAAUGGGGGGAACUAUGUGCACCCGGUCACAGGGAAGGCACUGGACCCCAACUCCCCCCUGGCGCUGGCGCUCGCCGCCCGGGACCGUGCCAUGAAGGAGCAGGCCCAGCCGGCCACGCCCAAAAACGAGCCCAUCAAGCCCGACCUUAACAAACCCCUGUUCAUCGACACCAAGCUGCGGCCCAACAUGGAGGCCAGCUUCCCCGUGGCGGCCACCAUGGGCCGGCCACCGCGGGGCGGGCUGAGGAGGCAGAUGACGGAGUCCAAGUACGAGACAGACUCGGCCAAAGACGACGUGAAGGCGGAGGAGAAAAAGAACAUGCUGAUCGACAUCAUGGACACUUCCCAGCAGAAGUCUGCUGGCCUCCUCAUGGUGCACACCGUGGAAGGGGCCAAGACAGAGGAGAACAAGGUGGCAGAGGGGGAGCGAGAGGAGCCCGUGGGCCCUGACAGUGCCCCAGCCGAGCUGCGGGACUCCAACCAGCUGGGCACAGGUGAUGCCGCCAAGCCGCCAGCCGCCAACCCGGCAGCCCCCAACCCCCAGCCCGCCGGCCCCCGCGGGAAGACCAUUAUCACCGUCAGCUCGGUGGACGAGCCCGUCAAGCUCCCCUUCCGCAUACCCCCACCCCCACUGGCCUCCGUGGACAUUGACGAGGAGUUUGUGUUCUCGGAGCCCCUGCCGCCCCCGCUGGAGUUCGCCAACAGCAUCGACAUCCCCGAGGACCAGGCGGGGGCCAUCGCCGAGCUGCUGAAGCAGAGGAAGAACGGGGCAGCUGGACCUUUGUUGGCCCCCAACAACCCCCACCCAGCGGUGGUGGCGGCGACCAGCGCAGACACAAAAAAGCCAGCAGCACUCUCGAACUGCGUGCCACCCGGCUACCUGCCACCCCCUGACAGCCUGGAGCCAAUCACGGACUCCGGCAUCGAGGAGGUGGACAGCCGGAGCAGUGGUGACCCCCACCUAGAGACAACCAGCACUAUCUCAACUGUGUCCAGCAUCUCCACCCUGUCCUCAGAGGGUGGGGAGAACCUGGACACCUGUACUGUCUAUGCAGAUGGGCAAGCAUUUCUGGUGGACAGGCCCCCCGUCCCACCCAAGCCAAAAAUGAAGCCCAUCAUCAACAAAAGCAAUGCACUUUACAAGGACGCCCUUAUUGAAGAGAGCCUUGAAACAAUGGGGCUGCCUCCUCCCGCCCCGCCCCCACCUCCAGGGGGCGCCCAGUCGGACCCUCCUAAAACCCCAACGCAAAGGACCUCAAAGCUUUGGGGCGAUCCACCAGAGCUCAAGAGCCCACCCACGCCCGACCCCAAGGCCAAUGUGAUCAGCGAGCUGAACUCCAUCCUGCUGCAGAUGAACAGGGAGCGCACACCCAAGCCAGGGGAAGCUCUGGACUCCCCCACGGGAUCCAGAACCAACUUCGGAGCCAGGGGUCCAGAGGGAGCGGCCCCAGCCUCAGGAACUCAGCGGAACACCAUGGUCACCUUCGCCGCCCGGCCGGGCCCGCACCCUCACCCAGCCGCCGUGUCACCGGGCCGCCAGCCGGACAGCAUGCCUGCCCAGCACCGUGCCCCCAGCCCCAUCACGUCCCCACCAGACUCGGGCCCUGGCCGCGCCUCCUCCCUCCCGGCCUCGGCCUCCUCGCCCACCCUGACGGACGUGUUUGGCCUGCCUACACCCCCAAUCGGCGGCGAGCGCUUCAGCCUGGGCUCGGGCCGCAGCCGCUCGCCCUCUCCGCUCACCCUCAUCCAGGCCGUCUCCAACAAGCCUUUUGCCUCCAAGCCGGUCCUCCUGUGGACCAAGCACGAUGUAGCAGACUGGCUGGAGAGCCUCAACCUGGCCGAGCACAAAGACGCCUUCAUGGACAACGAGAUUGAGGGCACCCACCUUCCAAACCUCCAGAAGGAAGAUUUAAUAGACCUGGGGGUGACUCGAGUCGGCCAUCGAAUGAACAUAGAGAGAGCUCUGAAACUACUACUGGACAGAUAAGAGAGGGUGACCAUCCUCUCCACCAGGACUUCAGGCUUCUGCGUUCAUCAUAUCUUUUUUAUUUUAAUUAUCAUUUUUCAACUUCUAUCAAGUGUUUGGUUAUUUUCCCAUUGUGCUCUUGUCGGAGUAUAGGAACUACCGCGUCCUGAACGACUGCCAUUUUGAAAUAACAGUUGCAGGUCCUGAAUAAGCACAACCGCUCUCUUAAAAUCCAAGUGGUCAUCUUCCGCCGGCUCGAGCCAGGCGAGGGGAGGGGACAAAACGCCAGAGCUCCUCUUUUUGUGAUACGUGUGUAACAGAGACCAGUUGCUUUGGAAUACAAGGACUUUUUGCCACAUUUGGAUGCACCCAAACCAGCAGAGCUGGCGCUUCAUUUUCUAUCUUUGCUAGAGUUUCCUCAGAGAAUAUUUCUUCAGAAAAAAAGGGUUAUAUUUCUUGAUGUAUCAGCUGUUUAGAAAAAAAAAUGUCUCGCUUCUCACCUACUUGUCUGGAAAGAAGAUAAAGCAGAAAUAUUUGCUCAAUCAAAGUAAUUUCUUGCAGUGCACAGUACAGAGUCCCAGAAUUGGUGUUUCUACUUGAAAAAAAUCACCUCUUUAAUAUCUCACACCUGUUUAAUAGUUAUAGGGGCACAAUUGUAGCAAGCAGUUGAGUUUUUAGUUGUCAUUUGCCCUCCCUUCCUUUCUUGGCUCAUGGUAAACAUUUUGAUUUGAAUUCAGCAUAUCUAUUUGAGUUGUGUGAGAGGUGUAACAUGUAUAUUAAUCAUUAUUGUCUUCCACACUAGUGCAGGUGAUGAGGAGUGCUGAAAGCCAAGGGCCGCCCCCUCUCUCCCAAACAAGCCCCUGUUCCCCAAAAGCACAGCACCCCUGAGGGAAAUGAGUGCUAUGUUCUCAAUUCAACAUCACCAUCCUCCUCCUGCUGUUCCGUCUAAUCUCCAAUCACUAGCUUUUUCAAAAAACGUCACAUUCGUUCUUACCUUGGAACUGAAUUACUGUCCCGCAGAGAUUUUUAAGGUGGGAAGAUUACUGUCGGGGGGUUGGGGGGGGUCAUCUUUUAGCAAAGCAUAUUUCAUCAAACCCAGGGGAAAUGUGUUUGGUUGGACAGACCAAGUGUGUGAACAAACCAAACUAGUCUAGAUGUUGGCCAGAUGAAGCUGACCCAGUGUUGGUAAAGGCUUAAUGGCACGGUCAGCAGUAACAGAGGGAAGAAAACCAACUGAUACUGUGCAGUAUGGCUGCAGUGGAUGUGAAUUAUUUAGAAAUG